AUGGCAUCAGCAGAGCAAAAGGAGGUAGAAGAAAAUGGGUCAAUGAUUUCAGGCUUGUUGGACAAAGCCAAAGGUUUCUUUGCGGAGAAGCUAGCUAGUGUUCCGACACCGGAAGCCACCGUGGACAACGUGGACUUUAAGGGAGUGACACGUCAAGGUGUAGACUAUCACGCCAAGGUCUCGGUGAAGAAUCCUUACUCUCAGACGAUCCCUAUUUGCCAGAUCUCUUACGUCCUCAAGAGUGCCACAAGGACGAUAGCGUCGGGGACAAUACCGGAUCCGGGUUCGUUGGUUGGGAACAAUACAACGGUUUUGGACGUACCGGUUAAGGUGGCUUAUAGCAUAGCGGUUAGUUUAAUGAAGGACAUUGGCUCGGACUGGGACAUUGACUAUCAACUUGACAUUGGACUAACCUUCGACAUUCCUGUUGUUGGUGACAUUACCAUUCCUGUCUCUACUCAGGGCGAGAUCAAGCUCCCUUCCCUUCGCGACUUCUUUUAAUUUCAAUUAUGGGUUGUCUUAAUUAUCAUCUAAUGUUCAAUAACGUACGAUCCGAUCCACAAACAUAGGCGAUUCGGAGAUUAUCAAUUCUGCAUUUCUUUUUAUUUAUUUUUAU